GCCAGUGGAUCGCGUAUUGUGUGUCCAUUAAAGUGCUCUGUGUCUCUCGCAUUACCUGCCUAGAUUCGGGAAAGUAGUGAAAGGCCAUCAAACGCCGACUGAAAGAAUUGCAGAAUGUUCCUCCUCGCACUGUUCUGCCUGGCCCUGGCAGCGAUGGGCGGCCAGGCCAAGCCCUACGAGCCGACGGCCCAGCACAUUGUGAUCGUGACCCCGCAGGCCCAGGUGCACCUGGAGCCGACUCUGCGCUACGUCCACGGACUGUCCCCGCUGGCCCGUGUGGCCACCCCCCAUCACGAGGAGACCAUUGUGUAUGUGCCGGCCGGAGCAGCCGCCUCGGUGGUUCCAGUGCUGGACGCUGUGGGAUCGGGACGCGCCGGUGGCCUGGAGGGCAAGCAGUUUGAGGGCGUGCAGGAGACUUCGAAUCAGAUCCAGCAGCAGGUGUCGCAGGGCGUGGAGAUCGUCUCCGGACAGAUCGGAGAGGCUGCCGCAGCCGCCGCCUCCGCCGGAGCAGGCUUCUUCCCAGCCCUCUUCCCCGGGGGCUCCAAGAAGGAGGAACUGAUCGAGACGCCAGCCAACACCCAGCCCCUGAUUGCCGCCGAGGCCCGUCACUUCUACAGCCUGCCCCAGGUGUACCACACACAUCCUGUGGUCGAUGUGGUCCACGGUCCCGUCUACUCCUGGCCCAUUUCCUCCAUCCGGGCCCGCAGCAUCCAGCAGGAACCGGAAGCCGAGCCCGGCCUGAAGCUGGCACUGACUGCAGAGCCCGCACUCGAGGGAGAGCCGCAAGUUAAGGCUGAACCGGAACCUAAGGCCGAGCGUGAAGUUAAAGCAGAGUCGGAACUCAAGAAAGAGCAGGAAGUUAAGGCGGUGCCUUUUCUUAAAUCAGAGUCGGAGCUCAAAGCAGUGCCCGAGCUCAAGGCAGAGCCAGAGCUGAAGAAGGAGACAUUGCCGGUGCUGCCUCUGCUGAAGGAGCAGCCACUGGAGCCACAGCCACUGGCACAGCCACAGCCACAGCCAAUCAUCGCCGAGCCCCAGGUGACAAAGGCCGAAUUCGCUGGACGCCUGCUGGAGAGCAACGCCAUUAAGCAGGAGCUGCAGAGCGCUGAAAUCUCCAAGGAGCAGAUCAAGGAAGAACCGGUCAAGGCACUGCCAGAGGAACCGCUGAUCAAGGCCAUUCCCGCCGAGUCAAUCCAGCAGCCUACCCAGCAGCAGCCGAUCCUACAGUCAGAGCCCGCCGAUAGCAUUGCCAUUGCCAAUCCCAUUGUGCCACAGGCCUAGGCGGCCGACCCACAACCCAGACGCAAAACGCAAAACGCAUCUCUGAAUCUUACUCCUCCUAUGGGCAGCUUUGGUUCUUCGACUGAUUCUCAUCGCAAGCCCGGCUUGGACAAGCCUGGGCAGGGGGUUUUCCCACCAUCAACCAUCCACACACCGCACCCACAUCCGUACAUUUAAUUACUAACACACCGAACACGCAUCGGAUCGCAUCGCAUC